AUGCUUCCGUCAUUUUCAUUGACUUUUUUCGCUUUCAUUCUCACGUAUUUUCGACUGUUGGUUUUUCUUUGUUUUUUUUUUCUUUCUUCAUUCCAUUUUGAUAAUUUAUUCAUUUUCUCAUCACUUUCUUUCCUUCUAUUCCAGUUUAUUUUACACUUUUCUUUAAUUCUUUCUUUUAUUAAUUCUGUACAUCUCUUUAUUUUUUUCCUUCCGUCCUUAUUUCUUUCAUUCUCUCUCUCUCUCUUUUUUUCCUUUUACAAUAUAUUUUUCUUUUUCUCCAAUUUAUUUUCUUCUAUUUUUUUCUGUUUGUCAGAAUUUCAUAAUUUAUUAAUUUUAUCCUUUCUUCUUUGCAUCUUUUUUCAAUUUAUCUUUUAUCGCAUUUCUAUCUUCUUCCUUUUUGCCUGGCUUUCUUUCUUCCUUUUUCUCUUUCUCUCUUCCUUCCUUUUUCUCGAUCUUUCUUUCUUCCUUUUUCUAUGUCUUUCUUUCUUUUUUUUUCUCUUUCUGACUUUCUUUAUUUUUCUCUGUCUUUCUUUCUUCUUUUUUCUAUAUUUUCCUUCUUCCUUUUUCUCUCUUUCUUUCUUCUCUUUUCCCUUUCUGCCUUUCUUCCUUUUUCUCUGUCUUUCUUUCUUCUUUUUCGCUGUCUCUCUUCCUUCCUUUUUCUCUAUCAUUCUAUCUUCCUUUUUUCUCUGUCUUUCUUUCGUCUUUUUUACUCUGUCUAUCGUCUUUCCUUUUUCACUGUCUUUCUUCCUUUUUCACUGUCUUUUUCCUUCAUUUUCUCUGUUUUAUUUUUCUUCUUUUUUCUCUGUCAUUCUUUCUUCCUUUUUACUCUGUUUUUUCUUUUUUGAAUGUCUUUUUACUUCAUUUCCUCAGUCUUUAUUUCUUUCAUUUUCCUUGUCUCUCUUUCUUACUUUUUAUUCUUUUUUCUUUCCUCCUUUUUAUCUCUCUUUCUCUCUUCCUUUUUCUUUUCUUUCUUUUUUCCUUUUUCUCUGUCUUUCUUUCUUCCUUUUUCUCUGUCUUUCUUUCUCUUGUCAUUAUUUUCUUUGUCUUUUUAUUUCCAAUUUCUGA